CUUUCCUUAUCUAUUUUAUUUUUAUAAUAUUUACAGUAUAAAUUUUGGAUAAAUUAAUCACUUUUAAUAUAAUAGACUGAAAAGUAACGGAUUUUAUGAUUCAAUUCAAUGAAAUCUUACAUUCUGACUUUAUAACUCCUUUUAAUCGGCCGCAAUAUGAUUUAGCGAAUAAAUGUAAAACAAUACCAUCAUUAGUUGAUCCUCAACUUGAAUAUCUAGAUCCUAAUCCUGAUAUAUAUAAAAUUUUCAAUCAGUUUAACAAGGACUAUUUUUAUGGAACCUUAGGUGGUGUUGAAGUCAAAUGGAGCAAUAGAAUGACACUGUGUGCAGGGUUAUGUAGAUAUCAUAGAUCAGCGGGUUCUUGCAAUGUUGUUUUAAGUCAACCAUUAUUAAAAUUGAGGCCCAGAAAAGAUUUAAUCGAGACAUUACUGCAUGAAAUGAUACACGCCUACCUGUUUGUUACACAUAAUAAUCGAGAUAGAGAUGGUCAUGGCCCAGAAUUUCAAAGUCACAUGUAUAGAAUCAACAAAAUUACUGGAACUAAUAUUACAAUAUAUCAUGACUUUCAUAGAGAAGUAAAUUCGUACAGAGUUCAUUGGUGGAAAUGUGAUGGUCCAUGCGUUUUCAAACAUCCUUUUUAUGGGAUAGUAAAGAGGGCUAUGAAUAGAGCCCCAGGUCCUAAUGAUGAUUGGUGGGCGCAACAUGUGUUAACUUGUGGGGGAAAUUUUACAAAAUUGUGUGGGCCUGACCCUAAAAUAAGAAAGCUUCGUAAUGGCAAAAGGAAGAAUAUUGACAAAAAUGGCGAAAGCAACAUAAUGGUAAAUUGGAUUAUUAAGCCAACUGUUCCAGCUAUUGAUUGCUCAUCCAAAAAAUCUGAGAAUUCUUUUAUUACUAAUUCUUACACGAAUAACGAUAUUCCCUCAAAUUUAACUCCUGCCAAAAAUUGUGAUAUAGAUAAAUUAAAACACUUCAAUAAAAAUCAGCGUCCUCCUUCUAUUAUCAAACUUAUAACCGAUUAUUUCUCUCCGUCACCCACGAAAUCUCACAAUGCUCAAUCAUUUAACUUUGACAUCUUUUCACCGGCACGGAAAAAAUUAAAAUUUAAUGAUCAGAACGAAUUAUCAAACAACAACCCAAACACAAACGUUUAUUAUUUCGAUAACAAUAAACUUUUAAGAGAACUUCAUAAGAAAAAAAUAUCAAGAGGAGCUAGUAGUAACAGUCAUUCACACGUGACCACUAAUAUAGUGGACAUUAUCACGAUAGAUAGUGAAGAUGAUUAAACGAAACAUAAUUUAAUAUUCGAAUUUUUAGCACACCAUUUUAUAAAUUUUUAUUUAAUUUAUUAUAAUAACAUACUACUUACAAUGAAUAUUAUUAAAGAAUAAACUACCUUUUUUAAUCAAUACUUUAAAUUGAUUUUUUUUUUAAAAAAAGGUCAACAAAUUACUAACUAGACACCAGAGUUGUUAAACGCUACUUUUAAAAGUAGCGCGCUACCGCUAUCGCUAUUUGUCAAAAAAAGUAGCUCGCUAUUAGCUACUAUUUUUUAAAAGUAGCUUUAGCUACUUUUUAAUUUUAAGCUACUUUUUAUAAAAAAAAUUUACAAACAAAUUUUUUAUUUUUUGCUUAUAAC